CAUAUCUUCCUUUCCUCUAUUCACCUUACUCCUCCUCCAAAAUGAAUAUCAUAGUUGAACACAACCCUUCAACAAUAAAGUUAUCUGAGCUUGGAGUCAUGUCAUGGCCUAAAUGGUCUUGUCAGCCUGGGAAAUAUGCAUUGGUGUUUGAAGAAAGAGAGACAUGCUAUUUGGUGAAAGGAAAGGUGAAGGUGUAUCCAAAAGGUUCAUCAUCAGAGUUUGUAGAGUUUGGUGCAGGAGACCUUGUGACCAUCCCCAAGGGACUUAGCUGCACUUGGGAAGUCUCUCUAUUCAUCGAUAAGCACUACAAGUUUGAUCCUCCUACUUCUCUAUAAUGUUUCCUACUUAUGAUCUAUUUCUCGAUUAGUCUUUAUCA